AUGGAAAUUUUUCUAUUUGCUCUUACUGCAACAUUACUGUUUGCGCAAAGUUCAAGUUCAGUUCUGGUACAAGAAGAAAAACUUGGUGAAACUAUCAAAUUAGAACUUGGCACAGGUGUGAUGGAUGUUCAAGCUGAAAUUCCAACAGCUAAAGAUGGUCAAAUAGAUCGUAUGGAUAUUCUGAAAAAUGGAAAGAUUACUGAUUAUGGUCGCAAAAGAUACGGUGAUCGAUUAUCAUUUAAAAAUGGUAUAUUAGCAAUUAAAGAUUCAACUGCAAAUGAUGCAGUUUCAUAUUUCUACUUUUUAAAUGGUGAUCCAAAAAAGCCAGCAGCAAUUGAUAUUGUAAUUAAAUAA